AUGGCCAAGAGUCGUCGAACGAAGAAGCGCAAGGCAUCCCGUCAGCACGACCCGCAGAGAUCGCUGGAUCGGAAUACCAUGUCCACCCUCUCCACCGAAGGACAAACCAGUGACGGCGCGCUGUCGAGUGAUGUCCCCGAAAGCGAACAAGGAACCGGCACGGAGCUGACGAGCGUCGCGGGUUCUGAGGAAUAUGGGAUGACCAGUGUCAGCAGCACCCGUGACGCUGAUGAUCGGGAAUCGGACGUGAGCGAUGGCGUGUCCACCUUUGCUCCCCCGAGCGAAUACCCUUCUAUUGUGACUGCUUAUCGGUCGGAGAUGCCCUAUGUGACCGAUCAAGACGUGGAAAUGGCAUCGACACGGUCUCUCACUGAACAAGAUCUGGAUUACCGCUGGAUUCACGGCCGCCGCUACUGCCAGACAUAUUACAUGCCAAAUGACGAGUACGAGCAGUGCCGGUUGAGUCUUCUUCACAGGACUUUCCUCGAGAUAUUCGGAGGCGAAGUAUGCACGGCACCGAUCCAGAACCCGCAAAAAGUCCUAGACAUCGGUACGGGCAUCGGCGAAUGGGCCAUGGCAUUUUCGGACAGAUACCCAGGGUGUGAGGUGAUCGGGACAGACAUAUCGGCCAUCCAACCGACAUCUGUGCCGGCCAACUGCUUCUUUGAGAUCGACGAUGCGGAACUGGAAUGGGAACGAGAAGCCGACUCUUUCGACCUGGUCCACAUGCGGGAUCUCAUGGGUGCCUUCCGCGACUGGCCCUUUAUCUAUCAGCAGGCCUACAAGGUCCUCAAGCCCGGCGGCUGGUUGGAGAUCGCCGACUUUGACAACUCAGGGAGCGGCGUCAAGUCGAUCGUUUCCAACUUCCCUCCAGACUCGGACAUGCAUAGGCUGGCCGCGGAGCUGGUUACCGCGGCGAACAAAUCAGGACGGCAGCGUAACCUGCACCACGUCAAUCCCGUGUUCCUGACCGACGCAGGGUUCGUCGACGUCAAGAUCACGGAACACGUCAUCCCCAUCAAUAUCGAGGCCAACGAGGGCAAGCUCUGGCUAAUUGCCUGCGUGGACGGCAUGGAGGCGUUGACAUUGCGGCUGCUGACCCAGUACAUGGGAUGGGAGCCUCAGAAGCUGAAGGAGGCCUGCUACAAUGUGGCCAGGGACAUAUCUCGGAUUGCGAGAGACCCGAUAAAAUCCAAGGGACUCAAUAUCAAGGUUCGCGUCAUGAUCGGCCGGAAACCGAUGAACCCGAAACCGAACAAGGACACGACAGGCAAGCCGGGCGAGGAACCGGAACGAAAGCCAGAAGAUGUUGCGCGGGAAGGGAACGAGUAA